AGUGGUGCUGGAAUGAGCUCCACAGCAGCAAUCAGAGAGUGGAAGUGGAACAGUGAGGAAUAGUCUCAAUCGGCACUUUUGCUACCCACUUUAGUCACUUCCCGAACAGACCCGUGUCUUUUAUUAUCGGCAUAAGCUGUGCUCCGGUUCAGAGUUUAGGAAGGCAAGAGCGACUGGUUGUGGUGUUAUCCAUCAUCCGAGAGCCUCUGCGCGGUGGAGGUCGCUACAUAUUUCCGGCUGCAGGAUUUCAUUUUUAGCCUAUCGCGGGAUCAGUGAGAAAAGGGGGCGCUCUCGACGUUGGUGUGCGAUUUUCGCUGUGGAAAAUUUGCCGAGCAAGGUCGUGAUCGCGAAGGACAGACGUACUUUGAAGUGGUGAUUGUGCAACACCCUUUUUCCUUUCAUCGGACAUUUUUGUUGCUUUUCUCCGCCCAUCUCGUUUGAGGGCAAGGUCGAGUGCGGGAUAUACAAGGAGAGAUUUGCUUUUUCUGCCCAGAAAACACCCCACGGCAGGAGUUUUGACGACAGGACAGCAGGACAAGCACAGCGAUGGCCGAUAAGAAAGCCGCGGAGCAAUUCUACACUCCACCCCCGAAGCUGGGCAAAUGGGAAGGAUUCUGUUUGUUCCUGUGGAACAGCGAGACGGGACAAUUUAUGGGACGAACUGGCGGAAGUUGGGCGAAAAUCCUUAUUUUUUACAUCCUGUUCUAUGCAGCACUCUGUGGCUUCUUUGCAGCAAUGUUGGCUGUUUUUUAUCAAACACUAGAUGACAACAUGCCAAAGUGGCAACUCGAUAAUGGGUUAAUUGGAACGAAUCCAGGAUUGGGCUUCCGACCUAUGCCCCCGGAGUCGAACGUGGAGAGCACCUUGGUCUGGUAUAAGGCGUCGAGUCCCGAGAACAUGGAAUACUGGGUCAAUGAAGUGGACGAAUUCCUGAAACCGUAUGCGGACGAAAAUAAGGUGGAAAAUCGUGUGGACUGUGACUUUGAUAAUCCGCCGCCUGAGGGAAAAGUUUGCAAUGUGCCGGUAAAGAAUUGGGAUCCCUGCACUGCCGCGAAGCGGUAUAACUUUCCCAAAUCAGCGCCGUGCAUAUUUUUAAAAUUAAAUAAGAUUUACAACUGGGUCCCAGACAUCUACAAGAACGCUACCACGUUACCUGACAACAUGCCCGACGAAUUGAAGCAGCAUAUCGCAGCCGAGGAGAAGCGAGGCAGUAAAAAUAGACGUUUACAGACCAACGUGGUGUGGGUCUCGUGCGAGGGCGAGAAUCCGGCUGACGUGGAGAACAUCGGCAACAUCCAGUACUUUCCACGAAGAGGCUUUCCCGGCUACUUCUUCCCCUUCCGGAACCUCAAGGGAUACCUUCCUCCACUCGUCGCUGUCCUGUUCGAACGACCUAAAACUGGUGUCCUUAUCAACAUCGAAUGCAAGGCAUGGGCACGCAACAUUAAGCACGAUCGCUCCGAGAGGAGGGGUUCCGUCCAUUUUGAGUUAAUGAUUGAUUAAGGGAACACACACAUUCUAUGACUAGUAGCGUUUAAAAAGAAUCUACCAACCAAAGUUAAGCAGUAUGGAAGUGAAGGGUGAAACAUCGCCUGCAAGAUAGUCAAAAACAUGGCUUAGGCAAAAAAAUAAUAAUGCACACACCAAAAAAAAAAAAACUAAA